AUGUCAAAGACGAAAACUGAGGGGGAUUGCCCCAUCUGCGGGAAAUUACUCCAGUGCGUGUCGAAACACCUCAGGGAGAUUCAUCUCCUAAAGAAUGGAAAAGAAAGAGCAAUCCUCAACCUGCUGGCCACAGGAAGGAUCCACCUGGGUGGGGGCACUUGCCCAAUUCAAUUGUGCAACGCCACAGUGUUGCACCUUGAAAAACACAUUUGUGGACACAAAGAUGUGACACAGCGGCAUAUAAAGUCCAGCCUUAAGGCUCUGAAGAGGCACACAGCUAUCCAGCAGUUGGCAGCACUGCGGGCAUCAUGCCCAAACCCCCCGAUGCUGAGCCGACUCGACCUGGAGGAGGAUCCCCAUGAGGGAGAAGACGGGUGCCAGGACCCGGCCUGUGUACACGUGCGGCAGCAGUUGGCCGAGCUGAAGCGGGAGGUCCUGGACUUGCGGACGGAAUUAAAGCUCCUCAGGCACCAGGCAGGGGAGCCGGGACCUGCACCGCAGCAGGCAGGGGCGUCUGUGGACAUCCCACCUCCACCACCACCACCACCACCACAGCAGGACCCGGCAGGUGCGACAGGGCACACCCCACCACAAAAGCAAGGGCCUACACCCCAGGGGGCAAGUGUCCCGGCUCUUCCUGGCCAAAAAAGAGCCAAGAAAUUAAAACACUUAGCAGUUGAGGUGGAGGAGGAUGAGCAGGGGCAGCAGCAGCAGGAGGAAGAGCAUCUGCGGGUUGAGGAGGAGGAGGCCACGCCUGCAGCUUGUGCCUUUGAGGAGAGCUGGAGCGAGGAGGAGGGCCAGAGCGAGGGCGUAAGGGCGGCCAUCGAAAACAUUGUGGCAGAGCAAACCUUGAAGGGCCAAAGCCCCAAAAAACAUACGUCAACAAGCCAAGGCCCAGAGACCGUGGCGGCGACAGGCUGGAAGGGCCUUAAAUCAGUGGCCAAAAGCCCCAAGAGGAGGGCAAGUGAAGCCCAAAGCACAAAAAAGAGGCCAUCAGAGCAGGCCAUUCAUAACUCACUCUUAAAAAUCUUUGGGGGCAAAAGUAAAGCAUCCAGAAUGAGAAAUAUCUCAUUCCCUUCCUCAAUGGAAAGCUACCUUGAGGAUUACUCUACAUUUAUCUUCUGCCCUGAGGGCACAGAUAAGAUGCAACAAAAUGCAGUGAGCAAGGCCAGCAGAGCCAGAGCGUUCAUUAAGUAUAUGAUGGUGGGGUGGGAGCAGACAAAUUUUUGGACAUGGGAAUUCCUGCUCAACACAAAGCACUUGAAGGCAUACCCGGCUGUCCUCCGAAAAUUUGGAUGGGCCCCACCCACAGUUAUACUGUAUCUGGGCCAUGCAAUUUCCUUCAUGGAAUACUUCAGAGAUACCCCGCCACAGUACUGCCGCCUGGGAGCGAGUUGCUCGAUCCUCAUCUUCAGAGACCUAAAGAAAAUUUACAAGGACGUGAGCAGGACUGUCCUGGGCCACCAGACCCUGAUUAAACAAGAUAAACAGGGAAGGCUGGUGGCCAAAGAGUCCCUGGCCACCUGCCAGAGGCUGGCCAAGGCCAAAAUUCCAUCACUGUUGGGUAAGGCUGUGUUUGGAGGCAAUCACACGUACAUCCAUCACUGUGCUGACGGCUAA